AUUGCAAAUGGCGGCGAAUGUUAUUGUUUAAUGGAGUCUGUAAUAUUUCACAAUCAUGCUUGGAUUUACCUCUAUAACAGGUAAGAUGCGUCGAAAUGAUGGUGUAAGAAAGCAAGUUUAGUAUCUCAAGAACAAAUUACAGUGCAAUUAAACGGUUAAAAGUGGCGAGUGAGUGGAAAAAUCCUUGUUCACAAAAUGGUGUAUGGAGCGAGUGACGUUCGCUUGGCCAUAGCUAAGACUGUAACUCGUAGCGUUUUGGCUCUAAUAAUCUACUAACGCUUGGCCAAGUCAGUGGAAACUAGACUUAACUGUGACGCUUGGAUAUAAGUGUUCCUCAUCGUUAGGAAGUGAAGUGAGAGAUGUGAUGAUGGGGAGAGAGAAAAGUGGUUGAAAAUACGGUGGUGUGGAGGCUUGGCGACCGUCCGUGGGCUGCGGCCCUCUCCAAUUGUCCACCAUCAGGAUUUACGCGAUAAUUCCCCUUUCCUGGACACGCCUACUUCGCCAAUGACAUGGAUGGGGAUAGUGAUGGGGGCGGCAGGUGUGGUGGUGGCGGGAGAGGAGAGCUGAUUGAGGCAGUUCUCACCUGUGAGGGUAAUAUUUGUGACCCAGAGCUCCCUAAGAAACUCACCCACCUGGUUCAUGUCCUCAAACAUGUCACCCAAAGUGACUCCACGUGGUUUGUGCGGAAAGUUGAGCCAUGGAACAGCGUAAGAGUGACCUUCUCCAUCCCACGAGAAGCUGCUGUACGUCUACAUCAGCUGGCACAGGCAGGAGAUCAAGCACUGCGGCAACUGGGUAUUCUUUCUGUCCAAGUAGAAGGGGACCAGGUGAUCUCACUCAAGGUGGCUGGUCCUAACAAUGAGUCAACAGAAAUUGUACUGCGGACAGAUGGAGGAGCCAGCGAUGGUGCUGGACCGUCCAGUGUUGCACGAUCAGUUACAACAGCACUGGGAGGGGCUGGACUCAUGCCUGGUGCUGGACAACCUGUGGAAAUUGCAGCAACCUCAGCAUUUCGCAGUCCAAAUGUGGUGGCUCCCCCAGGGGACAGUAUUCCUCUGACCCCACGCCCUGUGGCCCAGAUAAGACCACCCUUCCCUUAUGCCAGUAUGAACCGUGCUGCACAAACCAUGGGUAGAGAGCUACAACAUCAGCAACCUACAGUGCCAGGGCCAGUUGGUCAUACUGUUACUAAUGCUGCUCCACGCCCAGUGUAUAAUCCCCCUCCACCCUACCCUAGCCUUGAGCAGUCUCAGUUGCGUGCUCCUGGGGCUCCUGUGCAGAGACCACCUAUACCACAAGUAAAUGGGACUCAAUAUGUAGCAGGUCAGGCUAGUGGUGGUAGCAGCAUAGCACAGCCUGGGACACAAGUGUUGCCUUCUGUUGUGCAAGCCAGUUCAAAUCAGUCAGUUAGUGGUGUUUUCCCUGUGGCAGUGACUCAGACAGUGAAUAAUCGAGCAGUACACACACCAGUAGUGAAAGGUGGCCAAAGGACAGGAGUGAAUGUGUUAAAGAACAGUCCUCUUUUGGUGGACUUGCUACGACAGCCCGACCACCAACCGGGAGUGGGCGUCAGCAAGGCCAAGGUGGUUAUUGGUGGGUCGCCACAUGGCUCACCUGCUCCUACGUCUCCUUCAUCUCGUUCCACAACGUCGACUCCUUCAUCUGACUCCCUGCCACACACCCCCAUCACCAACCUACCUCUACCUGCAGUGCCGGCACUUUCACCGCCUCCCACCAGUUCUGCAACUUACAGUGCUACUGUAACUGCUUCAAGUUUGACUGGAUCAACCUUGUCUACACAGUUCAGCACAGGGUUUAGUGUAAGGGCUAAAGAUGGAGUUCACACUCACCAGCAGGUCUAUUCUGGUGGGUCGGUUAUUACUAGUACUGUCACUCCUUUACCCAGACUACCUAGCAGUGUUAGUGGUGGCUUGCAGCAACAUCCUCAGGCCACAGGACAGCCGCCUCCGGGACCACGAACGCCUUACAAUACAGAACAGUGUUGCAUGACUAUAGGGAGUGGCCAAGGCAUCCAUCCUCGGAUGCCUUUACCGAACCCCAGUCGUUCGAGUGUCCCGGGUGAAUCGCGGGCAGUGCCUCCUUCCCCACCCCAGCUUGUGUCUGGGGGUAAAGAGAGUCAGUACUUGAUUAACCCCAAUACAGGUUUAUUAGAACCACGGCCCAGUGAAAGCUCGGAUUCAGAGCCGGAGGCCAGACCACCAUCGCCGGUCACUGAAGAAGUUCGUUCAAAUUCGAUUGUUUCUGAUGAGGAAUCCAACAUGAGUGCAGCCUCAAAGAAAGAAACUGAUCAGUCGGAUUCUGAAACUUCUCGAAUGUCGGUGCUCAGUGUUGAAUCGAAAAAGAUGGCGAUCAGCCAGGAGAGACCCAAAUCUCACGACAGAGAUUCCAGCCCAGGAUCAUCGAGGGAAAAUAGUGUUGUCACUUCUGGUAGUACAGGGGAAUCCAUCAGAUUAAAACUUACUAUUGGGAGAGAAUCGGUGGCACAAGCCACGUUUGUUACUAAAGCAAAAAAGGGUGACAGAAAGGAAAUACUGGCUAAUUCAAGUUUAGGGUCAGGGUCAGUAAGUGAGCCAAGAGUACCCAAGCUGCAUAUUAAGUUGAAGUCUAAGCAGGCAGUUAUUGUGAAUCCUUUAGGUGAUGGAGAUGGUCAGAGGAGUCAGGAGAAAGAUGGACCUAAAGAGGAUAAGAAUAAGAGGAGGAGUUAUAGAAACAAAUCGCGUAGUGAAUCUGACAGUGAUAGUGGGAGAGUACGAGCACUCAAACUCAAGAGCAGUAAAGACAAGGGAGGUGGGGAAGAGAGCACUUCUGUGCUGAAAAUUGUUGAUGGUAAAAAGCUUAAGGUUGAAUUGGAGGAGGAGGAAACUCCUUUGAAAAUGAAGUUCAUGGAAGGCUUGGAGGGUAGACUAAAAGCUCCAAGAACUUUGGAAGAUGGCCGUUUAUCUGUGAUGAAAUCAGAAAGUUCUAAAGUUUCAAAAGGUGAAAAGUUUAGAACAAGACUGAAAACUAAAACGCCCAUCAGAAAAGUUGGAGACUUAAAUAGUGUAGGUGAAAUUGCUAGUCACAAAAUUUUAGAGACAUUGCCCCCUAGCAUCACCAAAGUGGCAGCUUUACACACUCAGCAGCCACACAUAAAUCCCUCCUCAUCCUCCAGUCAGUCCUCAGUGAUCCCCUCUACUGUUGGAACUGCAACAUCAACAGUGGCAAGUUCUACCACUUCACAAGCUGCUGGAGAACCUUUUAAAGUAGAAUUAGAAAAAAGAGGGAGUGAGAUUAUAAGAAAAGCAGAUUUGAAAAGUGAAUUGGAAAAGAACAACAGUGAUAGUCUGAUGAGUCGACUACGUGCAAACCAUCUGACAAAUUUGAUCAAUGGAGAUUUGACUCACGGUCGUGUGCGACAAAAGAACCUGGGUGCCAGCCAACAGCAAGCAGAUGGACCAAGUAGUAGCGGCAAGUUGACAAUCAAGAGGAAAGGCUCAGGAGAAACGCACACUCUCGAGUCCUUCAAAAAUGAUCUUCCUGAAGGCCUGGGCAACAUCCCCACGUACCUGAACUCUUCGGUGAUGAUCAAUAAGGUCUCACACUCUCCGGAGAAGUUGCCUACCCUCCGUCAUGAAGAUUCUAGUGAGAAAGGUGUAAAGAAAUUGGACCAUCACAAACAUACUGUGUGUACAGAUUUGGCAAGCUUAAAAGCAAAUUCUGAUAUCACCAUUCACAGUGUGACAAAGAAUGAAACAAUAAGUUUAGGUAAAAACAGUGAUGGUGAGAGUAGGAGCUCGAAUAAAUGUAAAAGUGAAGUGACUAAAGUGGGGAGAGUGACUCACUUGGAUGUGAAUGAUAGAAAAGCAUUGCAGGAAGCACUCAAGAGCUCACAGAGUUCUACCAAAAAGAAUGAUACUCACCAAAGCAGUAUGCAUGAUCUUUUAAGACGCUUUAACUCUAUAGACAGUUCAACUACAGUGCCUGUGUCUUCUCAAUCUGAGAGUACAAACAGCACCUCUGGGGUGAAAGUGGAAUCCAAAGUCACAGAAACUCCAGAAAAGGUGAAACAUGAAGUGAAAAGUGAUGAAAAAAGUGAGAAUAAAGACCCACACCUUACAAGUGUUAAUUCUUCAAACAGCUGUGAUACUAGUGUUAAAAUGGAACCUGAACAGACCAAGGUUUUAGAGCAAGCUAAGGGCCCAGACUUUCCUGGCAAUGUGGUAUUGACAAAAAGUGAGGUUGAGAGUCCAGAUGGUACUCCGAAAGGAGAACACGGUAGUGGGCAGGGUGGAGAAGACUCUGGGAUCGAGUCUAUGGAUGCUCUGUCAGAGAAAAGUCCAAACCAGAGUGAUCAGAGUCCUAGUAGGAGGGAUGACAAAGAAUGUGAGACAUUUCCUGAUAAAAGUUCAAGUGAGAAAACUGUUGUUAAAAGUGAACCUACUCGUGAUUGUAGAUCAAAUGAAGCACCAAGUGUGUCAGUUAAUGUCACUCAAGAACCUAAAGUGAGUGCCAAAGUUGAGGUAAAGACGGAACCUCUCGAAGAAGAUCAAAAUGAUGGAGAAGUUCAACACAGAACUUCUGAUAGUGAAGUAGACAGCACAAAAUGUGGCUCAAAGGCCUGUGAAUCUCUGGUUGGUUUAGACACGAAGAUGUCUGGCAGUAAAGAGAAUGUGGCAGAUGAUGUACAUUCUGCUUCCCAGGAAUCUUCUUUCUCAAAAAGUGAAGAACAACACUCAGAAUCUGUUAAUGAUGUUGCUAGUCCAUCAGAAAUAUUACCAAUACCUGUGACUGAAAUAAAAUGUGAACCUGUGUGUUCAACUGCUUCACACAGCUUAACUGUUGGGUCAGCGGAGUGUGAGACCAGUUUGUCGUCAUUCUCAAAUCCACCCACUUCUCAUUCUCCAUCAACACCACCAGUAUCUUCUUCACUUUUAGUUUCUGCUUUCUCACCUAAUUUUUCAACCAGUUCUCCUCCUCCAGUGUUGGGAAUUACUACUCAGAGUUCCUUAAACGUAUCCACAUCUUCAUCAGUGUCUUCAAGUUUUCUGUCCACAUCACCACAGAGCUCUAUAGCUUCUGGUCCAAAUUCAUCGUCACCAAGUUCACCGUCGUUGUUUCUCACUUAUUCACCCGUGACUUCAUCUUCCACAAUUGUUAAUCCCACAACUCACAGCUCAACAAAUGCAAGCCUUUUGACCCUUACAACUUCCAGCCUCUCUGCAUCCAGUGUUACAGUACCCGCUCUCACUGUUUCUGGCUCCUCUGCUCCCUCUUCUCCUGCACCCACUAGUCAUAAUUCAUCAUAUACUUUGGAUACUCAUAGUCUGGCUGUACCAACUAGUACCAUUUUCACAUCUGUCACAACUGCCUCUGGUCCUACCCAAACCAUCACCACCACCCAUACUCCUGUUACAAAUAUUUCAGUGAUUCCUACAGUGCCUCACUCUCCAAAGACAACUACUACAACCACAGCAACUACCAGUUCAGUGUCAAAGCCAUCUUUACUGGCAAUAACACUGACCAGACCACUAAUGAGUUGUGCACCAUCACAGCCAUCCUCUUCCCAGGUAGCAUCAUUGUCAGCUGUUGACAAGGUCUCCACUGUAUCAACUUUGUUGGAUUUGAGCAGUAGUGUAUCUACAUCAUCCUCAAGCAGCAGUCAGCCUACAGUAACCAAUACAACAACUGUGGCAACAUCAACAGCAAGUGCCAAGGUGGUAACAUUGAAGCCUAGCACAAGUCAGGGUCAAGGUAGUACCCCUCUCAACCUCCCUCCGGGGACAACUUUUCGGUUAGUGGCCCUACCAGGUAACAGUGCCAUGGCUCCCACCACCAGUGCAGUUAAGGUAGUGGUGUCACCAGUAAAAGGCCAGCUAAGCCAGCAGGUGACAUCAGGAAUUAGCAGCAUGACAGUGGUGACGGUUAAGCCAGUAGUUAUAGGUGGGGCCAAGAACAGCCACUUAUUACAAACCCUCUCAGUUAGUAAGACUGAGGAAUCUAGUCCUCCUUCCCUCCUCAAGGCUCACUUAACUGCUCCAACCCUAACCACAUCAGCUCAUGCUGUGGCUACCUCAGUCACCAAUUCUGCUGCGACACCCAUUGUGUCCAGCAUAAUGGCCAAUGGAGACGAUACAGAAGAUUUAGACUUUGUUGGGUUUUCUAGCUCGCCCCAAGUCAAAUUACUCCAGCCUGGUGAGUUAAAACGGGAAAUCUCAAGACCGGAGAUCAUUGAAAGUAGAAGAUCAGAUUCCUGCAAAAGUCCAGAAGUGCUGUCCCCAACAGGUGAAGAGCCAACACCCAUGAGAGUGCAUCCCCCUCUCUAUACCUAUGGGAACAGAGAGAGGAAAAAGGAUGUUGAGUCAGAUGCUGAGGAUAAAGACAAGGAAGAGGCUAAGAACCUUUCUGAGUGUGAAGGACACUCUGAUAUUAAAAACAGUGAUAUUUUGGAGAUGGAGAAGGAGAAAGAAGAUUGUACUGUUGGUGUUAAGUCCAAAACCAAAGAUAAGAAGUUUGAUGCUCUUUCCAUAGAGAUACCACAAACUGACCCAACACUCCCAGAUGACAAAAGACUCACAAGGAGCACUAGACAAAGUGCAAGAUUAGCCAGUCCGAAGGUGAACAGUCCAGGGGCAGAAUUGAGUCCAAAAGUUGAUCGAAGAAGUCCUGCAAGUAUGCUGUCAAUGGGGAAACCAAGUCCUGUCCCAGUAUUGCGGCCAAGUGUCAGUCCUGCCACUAGAGGAACCAAGAGACGAAGACAUGAAUCGGAAAGCAGCAACGCCUCAAGUGUUAAUGAGGAUACACAGGAACCACCACCCAAGUCCACGCGGAGAAAGCCACCUGAUAAAGCUGCAGAUUUUGAAGAGAGCUCCGAGGAUGAGUCACUGGAUGGGGCGAGUGUCAAAAAGAGGAAUCCCUCAGCAGCAUCCACGUCCACCAAUGAGGAUGAAGAUGACUCUCGAUACAAUUUUUGCAGACCAUCUUCUCGGAGCAGUCGAACCUCCUGUAAGACCUCCACGCGAAGUAGGGAAAGACAGAGUUCGGCCGAGUCCACCGGUACAACGCGAGACACCACUCCGACGCGACGUACGCCCAGACAAAAUAAUCGUGUUACCACCAAGGAAAAGUCACCAGACCCAUCUAGGGAAAGAGGACCAACGGGUCAGUUAGUGAAACCCCAAACCAAUCGUGAUAAUAAGGAUAGAGGGGUAAAAGACCCAUUAAGAGAUAAAGAAGGAACAAAGGAAAAAGAUAUAGAAAGAAAAGAAAGUGUGAGAGAAAGAGAAGCUCAAUUAAAAGACAAAAGAACUCAACCUGUUGUUAAAGAGAAUAAAAUCAUACCCAAGGACAAAAGUCCGCAGUCAAAGGACAAAGACAAGAGCCCAGUACAAGGCACCAAAACGAGAAAAGACAGUGAACAGUCAGAACCAGAUGCCAGUAAUAGAAGAAAAACCAGAAGUACAGCAACAGCAAAUGAAGAUACCCCGAACAAAAGAAGAAGAUUGUCCAAGGACAAAUAGGAUCCCCCUCUUGCUGAAGUGAGGAUGUGGCUGAUGCUUCUGAAGCUGAAAUAGAAUCCUUCAGCAAGAAUUCUCUAUGAGUGGUGGAAUGUUGCUAUGAGCAGACAGCAGUGUAUAUCAGUAUUAGAAAAAAACAGUGCAAUAAGACGUUCUCUCCUAUGCUGUCUGUCUCCCUCUGUUCCUAUGAUGGCAGUCAUGGUGAUGUGAUGCCAACUGCCACUCACUUUCUUGUAUAAGUUACCUCUGCCUGACCACUUGACUAAGUUUUUGGGAAGCAAUGCUGUAGAAAACAAAGACUCUGACAAUUUUAAAGUUUUGUCUGUCCAGCUUCAGUGGAGCAUGUUUCCUGAACUUAGCUCAGAGUGGAUAGACUCUCAAGAUCUCAGCCCUUGGCAACCCAUGAUUACUUCUUUUAAACUUACAGAGUUUCUGUAGGCCAUUUUGUUAAGGUCGAUUUUGUUUUCUUCUAUUGUACUGCUUAUAACUAUGACUAGUGAUACAAUAAGCACUGUGGAUUGUCAGAACAGCUGUAACUCCAGAGGACAGCUGAAUGCAAUGAAUGUGUGAUUUUUAGGGUGAUGAAUUCCCCCCAUCCCCUCCCCCAGUGAGAAAGUCUCCUGGUAGUGUUGUCAGGGACAGAGGGCGGUGUUGUGGCUGCCCCACCAAUCUGGAGUGGUCAGAUGUUACAGGUCUACCCACCCACGGCAGACACAACUGCCCACCCACAUUGUGGCGCCCACACUUUUCUACACCAACACCUCUAUUGUAUAUGUAGAUUGUAUAUAUUGGUGAAUGUUUUUAAAUGUACAAAGUACAGCAAAGUUAAUAUUUUCUGUGUAUUUCUGUAUAGAUGACUGCAAGUAGAUGCAGAUCCUGUAAAUUAUAAGCUUAAAGUGUAGAACCUGUGAAGGUGAAACUGCGGCUGUAUUUAUUGUAAAUAUUGUAAUCUGUUGUAUAGACUACCACUACUGCAAACAACCUCGUUACUGACAUUUGUUUCUCCACGUCCUGUGCCCGAUGCCAUUUUCUCCAGACACCUCACUUGCACUCCUUUCCAGACUUUAUCUUAUUUGCUAACUUCUUUGGCUUGUUCAUGCCUUGCAGCAGGAGACUUGUUUUAGGCAUACAUGCCUCUUGAGAGAUCAUUUCGUUUUAUGAAUUUGAUCGUGGUUUUUGCACAGGUUAGGAUUUUUCUCCUCUAUUUGAAGGCAUGAGCAAUGUAAAAUAUUUGUAAUCUACCCUAAUCUAUUUUUUUUAGCUUAAUGGCAUGAAAAUUAUUCUUUAAUGGCCCUAUUGAUUCUAUUGUAAUGUAAGAUUUCAUAUUUUACAUUGUUAUGAAUAACAGUUUUAAUUAUAUACAUUGACUUUCUGUACAGAACAUUUUAAUAGUCCUAUUUUCUCAACCUGUAUUGCAAUAAUUACACUGAGCAUGUCGAGAGUCUUGAUUUGUCCCUUGGUGUAUUGGGUGGUUGUUCUUAAAGAUGUUUACAAGUAUUUGAUUCAUUUAGUCUGUUUCAUACCUGUUUUGGGGUUGGUGUCACGCAGAUUUACUCAUUUGUUAUAAUAUUAUACUAAGCAUUUGCACGACCCUUCCCUAUUUUCCUUAUUUCUUUCCUGAGAUUUUCCACACAAGCUCUGGCAAGGAUACAACCAUCGUCUCGGAUCUGUCAACCUAGGCGCACCAAAAGCAGAACUACUAUAGUAAAAAAUGUGUGUAUUUUGUAUUUUUCUAAAAGAUGCGGUUGGAGAGAGAUGUGGCUGUAUGUCUCUACGUGUUGUGGCCGUAAAGCCCCAGUUAUGGUGUAUCAUGUUACUGAAGGAGUAAACUGACCAAUAAGGCAGGCCAGUCUUUGGUGUCACCCUUUCCCAGUAAGAGAUGGCUACGUAGCCUGCCUCCACCCAUCCUUAAUGUUUGCUUUGCUUUGCUUCGUUUCACUGAAGGAAGAUUUAAUUUCUUUCCAUUUGCACAAGUCCAUGUUCUUAUUCCUUAUCUUAUUUUAAUAUUUGCUCUUUUGAGAUUGUUGUUUAUGCAGAGAUUAAAUCUUUAUAAAGGGGUGUGGGGGUGCUGAGGUUCAAAUACUUACCACAACAUUGACGUAAGCAGUAAGCAUUCUCAUAGUUGACUGUUGAGGUGGUGAGAAUAACUUAACUAUGCCUUCAACAGGUCUGUCAGAAUAAGCAAGUGUAAUAUUCAGUUAUUGAGAUGUAUGUAAAUUUUAGAACUAAUCUUUAUUUUUUAUUUUUUAAAAAUAAACUGAUUAAAUUAUUGUCUACUUGUAAGUUACAUGAGACAGACACCUGUUCUACCACUACUGUACAGACAAAAUAAGCCAAGAUGAAGCAGUCAUGGACUGUGAGUCACAUGAUUAUAAGAAAAAUAUUUAAAGUGAUUCAUGGCUUUUAUAGUAGCUACUACACUGAGCUCUCAUUUAUUGAACUUUUCUUCAAUGGUUAUGUUGAACUUACACAAGAAUUAACUGGAAAAACCUUAAGUGAUAUCAGUCUAGGCUGCUGAUACACUCUGUUUACACCCGAGCAGGAAGUGUAGCUCUCAACUAGAUCAUUAAAUGAGAAGAUAUAUACAGUAAGAGGACAGUUUGUCCUCUGUGGGCAACAACAACUGUGGCUGAAGUCGUCCUCUUCUUAUUGAUGACUCUCUUGCCACACUCACCCUGCAGCCCACCUGGUAGGUUGGCAUAUGGUACCAUACAUAUCUUCACACAACAACUUUUAUUAAUUUAUUUAUUUCUUAUUGUUUCCUUCACCUUUUCCUCUUCUCGUGUCUUAAUGAUUUUUCAGUUCUCUUUGCCUGGUUAUAAUGCCAAGGUGACUUGUUCCUUCAGUCUUGUUAUACAUCUUUGUCCUUAAUAUUGUUUAGUGGUAAUUGCUUCUCAUAUUUGAUACCAAAUUUCAGUGAGAAUUGUUAAGCAAAAUAUGUCUAUGUUACUGGGUUGUAUUAUUUGAAGGUGUGUAUGGCUAGAAGGCUGGAGAUGUGAACACUCACAGGGUUUAAGAAACCUACUGUACCUGGGUAGCCUUACUUUGAAAGUGGGAAAUUACAAUAUACAAUAUUCUGAAUAGGUACAUCACACAGUAUUGCAGUUAUUUGUGGAAUGAUGUCACUAUGCUGGAAGCUUUAGGAUGUCACCCUGUCCUCAACCAUCAGUAUAGGUACACACGGUUAAUCACUUCUGGUUAUUAUAUACAAGUUAGUGACUCUUAUCUUGAGGUUAAGAUAUAAAUGUAACAUCAUGGGAAGGGGAUACUUAGGCUGUUUUUAUAUUCUCAUUUCAAAGAUCAGGAUUAAUGCUUGGUGAUGGUAAGAGAUAUUACUUGGGUAAUACAGUUCUGUAUUUUACCUUUCCAGAAAGGUCUUUUUUAUUUAUUGUUUAUUUUACAGAAAUAUAAAACAAUACAGGUAUUUCUUAUUGCGGAAAUUGGAGGUGGAUAUUAUAAGAAAUGAAUUUUAACUUCUUGGUCAAGUUAAAUUUUCCUUGAGAGGGCAAAGACGAGUGCUUGUUUACAGAUAUUGUAGUUGCUCUGAGACUAGGCCAUUGCACCUUGAGAAAAGCCGACACUGAGCGAACUGAUGUACCAUAACUAUAAGGUAACCAAAGGUCGUUAGGCUAGGUAAAGGGAUGUUAGUUGGGCUCGUGUCAUCUUUCAAUGAUUUAAUGGCAUAGUCUUACAGGCAGUCAAUUUAUCAACAACACAGAGUGUUUUGUGCAUUAUAGGUGUAUUUUAACUGGGAUUUAAUUAAGAUUGGAUUUGCUUUUUAUAUGUCAGCCAUCUGUUUCUGAAAUUAGAGGUAAUUCUUGAAAAUAUAAAUAUGAGAAACUAUAAGCAUGGAAAGAUAAAUGCUGUAAUGCCCUUGUUUACCUGCAUACAUAUUCACUAGUGUAGAGAGAUGAAGGUCCUGCAGAAGGUAACUACUGUACCACCACGCCCUGCAGUGUACCACAGUGUUAGUGGAUUGUUACUUGAAAUACACAACUUAUUUUCUGGUUUUUAGUGAUAACAGUUUGUUUAGUAUUAAAUAUUGUCACAAUCUCGGCAGAAGCAUUAUCCCAGGAUUUGGGUGUUGGGUAGCUAUGUUCGUACAGUACAGUACUGUCAUAUAAUUAUAUCAUAUGUGGUUAGAACUUGUCAUCAAGUUGGAUUACAUCUUUUUAACAUAAUCUAGUUACACUUUAUGGUUAAACUGUUAGGAUAUGUCUAAUUUUAUUCCAGUAUUAAGAUAUCAUGGAAACAUCUUUAAAAGGUUGCCUCCCUCGCCCCUUACAGACUGUUGUGUAUUCUGCAAAUAUUUAUUUUUUUAAAUUCUAUUGUCACCCCUGAAGUACUCUAUACCUUUCCAUUAUCUGUGAGGUUUAUCCUUGUUGCAAGAAGUUAUUUGUUUUUACUUGUAAUAGAAUAUGUGAGACAUUAUUCAAACUGAAAAAGUCUUUUCUCAACUUGAAGAUUUUCCAUUUAUUUAUCUUCCUUUUUUUCCUUGUCUCGUAAAUAAACUCUACACUGAAGUUCUCUACUCACACGUUUACUGGACUUUUGUUUGCUUAUGCCAGAAUUUCUUAAAAUGUAUGGAGGAAGUUUUUGUCAGGGUUACCAGAGGAGGCAUCACUCUUGCAAUUACUGGGUGAAGUCUAGGAACACCAUCUUCUUAUUCAUAGUCAACAGUGUAUUUGGCAAUGAGUCAACCACAUUUAAGUAUCUUUAGGGAACUGGCAGAGUUUGUUGAGGAAAAUUAUUAUGCUAUUACCUGUAUUUACUGACCCAGACCUUUAUUAUCUGUGUGAAUGUGCAAGUGUACAGGAGGUGCAAGUGUUAGUGAAAAAUGACUUCAUAGGUUGAAUCUUGAUAUUUUUGGAGAAAUUUCUGUAUGAAGUACAUGAAAAGAAAGUACUGUUGAAAGAUGUGAUUGUCAUAACAAGUCCUUCAGCGGCCCAGAUAGUAUUGCAUGAGGACUUUGAUCCGUCAGUCACUAUCUGACCUUUUUAUUAACCUCUGCCUUACUUACAUUAAUGUUUAGCACAGUUCAUGCAUUACUGUAAUUCAUAAUGAUGUUCAGUGGCUGUGAUGAAUGUUUUUGUUUUACUUUCCCCUUUUUGGACAAAAUUCUAUUAAGAUUGUAAUGUUUUAGAACAUCUUUACUUAAAUUCACAAUAUAUUUAAUGUAAUGUAAUUGCACCAUGAUCGCCGACGUAGUUACUAAAUUGACGAGACUACGUUGGUUAUGGGCGGGGACGGUCCAGGCCCCUGCAAGUCAUGCUGUUGUUUGUUUCAUUGGGAAUCACCGUUAUAAUACAAUAGGGAAAAUUAUAUAAAUCUAGUUUCA